CAGGUUAAACUACCGUCCCCUCUUCCUUCCCCCCGCCCCCAGUCCAAACCAUUGUUCUUCUCAGCCCCUGGGGCUAAACCGUCCCUUUCCUAGGCGCAAAUAACCUCUGCCGGGGAUGAGUCACUGCCCCUACCUCCACCCCAGCCUCGUGCGGUCACAUCGCUCCACACUUGCUCUCCAUCCGUGUGCCACUGCUCCCCUUCUUCUCGUGGUCUGUCUCUUCCCCUUCCUUUUCCUCCUUCGUUUCUCUCAUUUUGUACAUGAACGUAUCCCUUCCCACUCUGUCUGCAGGAUUUGCCCUAUGCCCACUGCUGUGAAUGCUGUCGAAAGGGGACAGUGGGUUUUUGUGAGAGGGUGGUGCUGUGUGAGAAGUGAAUGCUUUGGUGGUUAGCUCUUCUGUUUUGGCAGUGUGCGUUUGAAUUUCCCUGUUAAAACCGUUUGACUGUAGUGCUGGAGACUGACAUUCAAAUCUCAGUAAUUGCAGAAACAUACCUAAAUGAAAACAUAAUAAGUACUAUGUUUAGUUAAAAGCUAUGUCUCAUUGCCUUGCUAUAUGAGUAAAAUGCCACUUCUGGUUCGUUUUCUGUCUAUCCUAUUGUAGUUCCAUUUUCUAAUCCUGUGGCUGUUGCAAAAUGUGCAUAUGUGUGUUUUCUAAGUAUGAACGGUUUCCAAAGAGCCGGCAAAUGAGGAUUUAGUGUUUGACUGGUGGAAAGGAGAGAGGCCUUGAAUUUUCACAGCAAAGACUGACAGCUGUAAACUAUGUUCACAUCAGAGGCAGGAAAUUCACUGUCUGAGGUACUCUGAUAAGCAGAUAAAGUAAACCAAAGCCCUGGAUAGAUAAUGAUUGCCAUUUAUGGUACAGCAACGCUGUUUUGAAUUACUGCAUUUCUGGAUGUAGUUGCCCGGUGACCUCUACAGAGGGCAGAAAUGAACUCUCUUAAUGUUAAGACUUUUAAAUUUUUAGCCUCCAUAGACAUAGAGGCAGUUUGUAGAUACCAUGGUGACUGAUGCUCUAUAAAUAACUACAAUGGGUAUAACGCAUGCCCCAGUUGAAAGGCUCUGCUGAACAGCUGCAUACCUGAAGAAUGUUACAAACAGGAUCUCUUCUCAUUUCUCAGGCAUGAAGAAAACCUACAACAACUGCACCUUUUUUAAGUGUUGACUUAAAUACCUAAGUAUUAUGUACUCAUCUUGCAGGGAUGAAACAGAGGUAGCUUCAGAAGAAGACGCUAAUUAAAUACAAAAUACUGUAUUGAGAUGAGUCCCUUGAAUGCAGCCUAGCUGAUGCAUGUCUACUCUUUUCUUGGUUAAUGGCAACGGGGUUCGGUUUAUGCUGACUUAAAAUAUGAUUUUUAUUUACUGUCCUGUAGUUGACAGGAAUAGGUAAGAUGGCUGCUCUUGAGAAACAUCCAGACCUGAGGCUCCAGCAGAUCAAUCCAUCGGACUCCAGUACCAGUCAGAAGAGUCAUUUCUUGGAGACUGACUGGAAAACACCUAUGUUAUCUGCGAAGUUCCAGAGUCGCGUCAGUCGCUGUUCCAGUGUGGCUGACAGCGGGGACGCGGGCAUUGGGACCUCCUGCUCAGACAGCGCAGAAGAUUUUUGCAACUCUAGUAACGGUUCCUCAUUCCAGCCCAUCAAAACCCAAGUGACCAUCCCAACAGCCCAUGUUAUGCCUUCUACGUUGGGUGCCUCACCCUCCAAGCUCUGCGCAGCAGGAGAACAGAAUACUUCAAAAACUGCUGUGCCAGGAUCUGCUUCUGAACACUCGGGACUCAUGAGAAACGGAGACUUUAAUGCUGGGAAGUCAUCUCAGGUGCCACCCGGAGAUCUCUUGCGUCUCUGUGGGGAAAAUGGUUUUGAGCAGUCCUGGCACACUGCUUCUGAUCACAUGAGAACAGAAGAGGCUUGGAAGUUUGACAUGCCUGCCAUUGAGCGUACCUUUAAUCAGUCUCUCUUUCUGGAUAGUUUGUGCACUGACCCUCUGCACAGGUUCCAGAAGUUCAAUCCGAACUCUGGGGCACCUGAGGCAGGAAAGGACCAUUAUAAAGUGCUGCCAGAGAGUAAGCAAACAGCAGGGGCUAAUGGAAUCUGUGAGCCCCGGAACGGAACGUGGCCAAAUGGGAGCAGGCUGAUGCCGGCGGGACUCCAGGCCAACACUGCCUUUUCAAAACCUGUAACUUCUCCAUCUCGAGCAUGGAUGCAAGAAACUUGCACACUGCACCCACAUGAGAGGGCCUGUGAACUCAGUGCUUGGAAACAACAGUUGGAGAAUGUGCGAUUGCAAAUAGAGCAAAUGCAGUUACAAAAUGGAGCCGCUUGCCACCAUCCCUCGAUGUAUUCUCCUUCAUUGCCUUCAGCUGAUCCAACCCAGUGGAUCAAUAUCCUGAACUCCAAUGAAAACCUGCUCAAGGAGAAGGAGCUCAUAAUUGACAGGCAAAGACAGCACAUUUCCCAGUUGGAGCAGAAAGUUCGGGAAAGUGAACUGCAGGUUCACAGCGCCCUGCUUGGCUGUCCAGCACCCUAUGGAGAUGUUUAUGUGUUGAGAAUGCAGGAGCUGCAACGGGAGAACACGUUUCUCCGAGCGCAGUUCACAGAGAAGACGGAAUCCCUCAGUAAAGAAAAGAUUGACCUGGAGAGAAAACUGGCUGCUGCAGAGGUGGAUGCAAAGCUGAUCCGGGAGACACUGAAGGAAACUAUGCAGAAACAUGCAGAGGAGUUAAAGAAACAGGAAGAAAGGGUAAAGGGAAGAGAUAAACACAUUAAUAAUCUGAAAAAGAAAUGCCAGAAGGAAUCUGAGCAAAACAGGGAGAGACAACAAAGAAUUGAGACCCUUGAGCGAUACCUGGCUGAUCUACCAACUCUUGAGGACCACCAGAAACAGAGUCAGCAGCUGAAGGAAUCCGAACUGAGGAGUACUACUCUGCAGGAAACAGUGCUGGCACUGGAAACACAGCUUGGAGACGUUCGGGCUGCCUGCAGGGAGCAAGAGAUGCAGCUAGAAACGCAAAAACGCAAAGAACUGGAGCUUCUUUCCUCUGUACGCAGCUUGCAGGACAAGAUGCAGCAGUGUGUAAAGAAUGUAGAGAGAGGACCCUCUGCCCAAGAUGGGGAGAAACAGAAAGAAAAUGAUUCUCUGAAGAAAGAAUGUGACUGCCUCAGGAAGAUUGCAGACAAACAACAGAAGAAGAUGGAGCAGCUGUCCUUGCAAGUAAAGAGCCUGGAAGAACAGGUGGCUCAGGAAGAGGGGACAAGCCAAGCUCUGAAAGAGGAGGCAAUGAGAAGAGAAAACGCACUGCAGCAGCUCCGGACUGCUGUGAAAGAGCUUUCAGUGCAGAACCAGGAUCUCAUUGAGAAGAACCUGACCCUUCAGGAGCGACUCCGACAGGCAGAGCUAACCCAGCCACUCCCUGGUGAGGCAGCCCACCUUGCCCAGGAGUUACACAGCGAGUUGGCCAGUUGUCUGCAGGAUUUGCAGUCUGUCUACAGCAUUGUGACUCAGAGGGCUCAGGGCAAGGAUCCCAAUCUCUCCCUGCUCCUGGGCAUUCGCUCUGUGCAGUACUCUGCUAAGGAGACGGACGACUUGCUGAGCCCUGAUGUACUUGCGAAAAAACUGACGGAGGUAAAACAGCUUCACAGAGAGGUGGAGGACUUAAGGACGGCAAUAUCUGACAGAUAUGCCCAGGACAUGGGAGACAAUUGCAUCACCCAGUAAAGAACAUGCUCUCCCCAAGUAAGACAGGAAAUGAAGACCUGAAACUCUCAGGAGACUAGAGCUCCUGCAAAUGAAAACUUAUUCGGCACUUUACCAUCCCAUUGCUUGGGUACAAGAUGUGUGGCUUACCCAUGAGAAAUCAGGGGUUUUGUUACCAGAAGUGUUUAGCUGCUGACUGGCUAACUGGAAUCAUUCAAGGCUUUGGUGCUGGGCUUUGCAAUAGCUUUGAUCUUGUGGAAUGUGUUUGUGCUGUAUUUGCUGGAGCUGGUGUGGUCUCUGACUCUGGGAGAUGAAUUCUGAAUUGCCUUCCAGGCAUGUCAUACCCUGAACAUGCAAAUGUGACAGUUUAAACCAACACUAAGAGCAAAUGUAUGCCCUGGUCUUUCUGAUAAAUUCUCUGCGCAGAUCCUGUGCGACUAGUAAGGCAAGAGUAUUAUCAGAAGUGUUCAGGGGUUAUUUGUGGAUUUCACACUACUGCUAAUUAUAUCAAGGUGCUCCAGGCUUGUCAAGUGUGUAUGUGCACAGGUCUGGCUUGGAUGCUUGUGUAGCCUUUUGUGGAACAGGACCUGCUUUGCUCAGGUAAAUGCAAUGGGAGUCUUUCAGUAGCCGACAGAAUUUGGGGAAUAAAGUGACACUAAAAGACGCUGAAAAUGCUCUUCCUGAGCACUGUUGCCCUAGAAGCCUUAAACCUUUCACCCCCCUGAGAUAACACUGUGAAUGUGGGUGUGAUUCCGACUGCAGAGGAGGUAGGUAGAUGCUGAAGUGCCUUAAUGUGCUAGAGAAACUUCCUCUCCACAAACUGCUUUGUGCCUAAUGCAUCUGCUGGCAGGGUGAGGAGUUGUUCUGUUCCUUGUAGCAGCCCUUAAAGCCAUUUCAAACAAUCCUGCAGAGCCUUGAAUGUAUGUAAUCCCUGCCUGAGCUGCAGAGAGCCUCUGUGCAGGGGACCCUGCUGCUGGCCAGCAGACACACACCUCUGCGCGGCUCUCUGCCUGCUGCUUGUUAGGGGGAAGGCUGUUCUGGUCUUAAAACUGCAGUGGGAUCGUACAGCUGUCUGGAUCUGAGAGCUUUCCCUGCUGCCGCGAGGCAGUGGCUGCUCAGGCUUUGUCCUAGCCCAUUCUCUGGGAGCUCCCCACUCCCCUGUUAAAUAAUUGAAUUAGUAAAUCAACCUGGGACGUGGCUCAUUCUUUGUCACCAUUUUUUUAGUGUUAGUGAUGAUGACUCUACAGUACUGAGUGCUUGCUUGAGACAACGCUUUGGGACUAAGGGUGAAACUUUCUGCUUGUCAUCUCACUCUUGUCUCACAAGCUAAGAAGUCAGUUAUAUAAUAAGGGUAAAAAACUGCUGAAACACUUCUCUCCAUUCGGUUGCUCCUGGUUCACACUGGGGUUGUGAGCCCUAGUUUUGUGAGGAUGCUUUCAUAAUUCCUUUGUAUUAAAAUUUAAGACCAAAUCUGUUUUGUUUUCGAAGUCUGAUGACAGGUGUUUGUGGCAACAAAUUGGUUAGUAUGCCAUCCCAAGCUACCCCCAGCAUGGCAUGCAGAGAGAGCGUAGCAGUGUCUGUCAGGCAGCUAGCUGUUAGCCUAUUCCUUGCCCUCUCAGCCUCUGGAGUAUUUACAUUUCUGAGCAUUUCUGUUCCCAGACUGGUGUUGCCUUGUACUGAGUUAAAUGUGGGCCAAGGCUAUUUCUUGAAUUCAUUUGUCCUGGCUUUUGGGAGCUCUCUGGGCGUGGGGGGAAGAGCAGCACCAGCUGUGAAAGUUGCUCUCUCCUGCAGGCUGACAGUGUGCUGUUUAGCACCAUCUCUUUUCCCCAUGUUCUCUUUGGGGUGUAAGUGGGAGAUCUGAUUCCCAGGUGCUGUACGGGAACACAUUUGCCCUCUGUCCUCACGGAGAACUGGCUGUGGAAACAAAACUGUGGCGUUAAACGCUAUCUCAGCUGAUGUUUUGAGCCUAUUUCUGUCUCUGGCCCUGUGGCGGGGUCCUGCGACUGGGCUGGCUGUGUCAGCUUUGGGGCCCUCAACAAGUCCUAGCUUUCGUAGUGCUCAGAAGAGAAACUUCCCAUGUCAUCCUCUUGCAAAACUGUAUCUAUAAAUACCUGGUUAAGAUGGCAAUCCCACCUGCCAUACAUGAGUCUGCCUGUCUCCAUGCUGGGGAAAUCUUGGGCUUUUGGUUACAGUUCAGGACACGGGAGGCAAGACGACACAUGUCCCUUGCCUUGUCCUGUUGCUUGUGCAGUUCACGUUUGAACAGUUCUCUGUCUGCCUUGUGUUGAGUUUUCCCUUGUGAAGUUAAGCGCGGGCCUAUUUGUGUGAGCGUUUGUCUUACCCGCUUGUUUGUACUAAGUAUUUUGAGUAUAAAAUAAA